GACGAGCUUUUGAACUGCUUUAGAAGCUUCUAUCAUCAUCUGUAUACAACACAAAUUUCUUCCAAUUCCCCCCAACAACGACCUGUUCUUCCUCCCUAUACGCUUUAUACACUUUUAUAGCGGCCCCUCAAUAAUUUAAUCACAAUGUUCUCUGCCCGCAACGUCGUCCGAUCUGCGCCCCGCGCUGUCUCCCGACUCUCAGGUGCUGCUCUGCGACAGACCGCCCGCCCCAGGGCCUUCACCAAGGCUGCUUCUGCCCUGCGACCCGCCCAGGCUGCGUUCUCUACCACAAGCUUCCGUAAGGCUACUGAGAACGAUGGUGAGCUUAGCGCCAAGCUCGAGAGCGAGAUCAAGAUCGAGGAGGACAUCAAGGCCAGCGAGCAGGACCCUGCCAGCAUCAAGGAUUUCUUGAACAACAGCGCCUUUGAGCUCGUUGACACACCCGGCCAGGAGAUUGUCAAGCUGGUUCGCGACUUUGGCGAUGAGAAGAUCACCGUCAGCUUCUCCAUUGCCGACAUCACCAACUACGACCCCUACGGUGAGGAGAGCGCACUCGAGGAGGAAGGUUUUGAGGAUGAGGGCGCCCAGGGCAGCCAGCGCAACGCUCGCGCCAACGAGGAAAUCGAUGAGGAGCUCGAUGAGGAUGCCGAGGAGGAGAGCAACCCCCCUAUCAACCUAUCAAUUGUUGUCGAGAAGCCUGGCAAGGCCUCUGGAGCCCUGAACAUCGAUGCCAGCGCUCAGGAAGGACACAUUGUUGUCGAGAACCUCUUCUAUUACACCGACGCCUCGGUCGCCAAGGUCGAGAGCCCCGACGCCGCCCAGAAGCGUGCUGAUGUCUACCCCGGUCCUCCCUUCGGCAGCCUCGACGACGACCUCCAGGUCCUCAUGGAGCGCUUCCUCGAGGAGCGCGGCAUCACUCAGGCCCUCGCUGUCUUUGUUCCCGACUACGUGGACGUCAAGGAGCAGCGAGAGUACACCCGGUGGUUGAACAACGUCAAGGCUUUCAUUGAUGCUUAGGGCGGCUGAUGAGUCACUCAAUGCAAUGAAAAGUUUCUCACGGCAUGGAAGAGCAGAGGAGUCUUCGGUUUCAGAUAUGAUGUAUUAAAAGUAAGAAUUGCCACUCUUGUACUAUAGGAUAAGAUCCACGAGAUCAAAUGCAUGCUAAGAUAUGUGUAACGAUACAAUGCCAGCUUUACUAUAUCCCUUUGAGAUUGUGAUGAG